UGGUUACGACACGACGCUAGACGCAACGACCCUCUGAAGUAAACUUUCCAAGAUAUCCGAAUAUAAUUUAUGAUAUAUGAAGAAGGAAACUGAAGAGGGAAAUUAUUGAGAAACAUUCAUAAAACACUAAACGAAGAAUAUAUAUUAUAAAACGAUAUUUAUUAGAUGAAAUCUUAGCUCAACAACAGUUCAAAAUAAAUUUGACUUAGGUUAGAAACAGAGUUGGAUGUGAUUAUUGAUACCAUUAAUAAAUGGAUAAUUGAUUUUGCAUGUUGUUCAUUCCGUUGUUUUCUCGACUACCAAGUAUCGUUUAUUAACUUUGUAACGAUGGCACAGAAUAAAGAGAAACUUCCACGAAAAAGAUACAGAAGAGACGAGGAGAAGGAGAGUCCUUUGGAAACAGAUGACGCAUACGUUCCUUAUGUACCUGUUAAAGAACGCAAAAAACAACAACUAGCCAAGCUUGGUAAGCUUGGACAGCUAAAAGAUGAAGCUGCUGUUGGAAUUAUUGGGAAAAGUAGUAGCGAAAAUGAAAGAGACGAUGCAGACGACGACGAUGGACAAGUAUGGGGAAGGAAAUCCAAUAUUUCGCUGUUGGACCAGCACACCGAAUUGAAAAAAUUGGCAGAAGCCAAGAAAGAAAGCGCUAUGGAGAAACAGUUGAAAGAAGAAGAGAAAAUUCUUGAAAGCGUAGCAGAAAACAAAGCUUUAAUGGGUGUGGCAGAAUUGGCAAAGGGUAUUCAGUACGAAGAUCCGAUAAAAACUAGUUGGCGACCUCCGAGGACAGUUCUCGCUUUAGGAGAAGCGAGGCACGACAGAGUUAGAAGGAAGCUCCGAAUUUUGGUAGAAGGAGACGAUGUUCCGCCACCGUUAAAAAGUUUUAAAGAAAUGAAAUUUCACAGAGGAAUUUUAAACGGUUUAGAACAGAAAGGUAUCGUCAAACCGACGCCUAUCCAGAUUCAAGGAAUACCUACAGUGUUAUCUGGUCGUGAUAUGAUUGGCAUUGCUUUUACUGGUAGUGGAAAAACAUUAGUGUUUGUAUUACCUAUCAUAAUGUUCUGCUUAGAGCAAGAAGUUGCUAUGCCAUUUGUAAGGAACGAAGGACCGUAUGGUUUAAUCAUUUGUCCAUCGCGAGAAUUAGCAAAGCAAACGUAUGAUAUCAUUCGUCAUUAUACGAACAGUUUACGUCAAACAAAUUGUCCCGAAAUUCGUAGUUGUUUAGCCAUCGGUGGCGUGCCUGUAUCUGAAUCAUUAGAAGUGAUUAACAAGGGUGUACAUAUCAUGGUGGCAACUCCUGGACGAUUAAUGGAUAUGUUAGACAAAAAGAUGGUAAAACUUAGCGUGUGUCGUUAUCUUUGCAUGGACGAAGCAGAUCGCAUGAUCGACAUGGGUUUCGAGGAGGAUGUCCGAACGAUUUUCUCGUUUUUCAGGGGUCAGAGACAAACGUUGCUAUUUUCUGCGACUAUGCCGAAAAAGAUACAAAAUUUUGCUCGAUCCGCUUUAGUAAAACCUGUCACGAUAAACGUUGGUCGAGCAGGUGCUGCAUCGAUGAACGUAAUACAAGAAGUUGAAUACGUUAAGCAAGAAGCUAAGAUCGUGUACCUUUUGGAGUGCUUACAAAAGACUCCUCCACCGGUACUUAUAUUUGCCGAGAAGAAACAAGACGUAGAUGCUAUUCACGAGUAUCUAUUGCUGAAAGGUGUUGAGGCAGUAGCGAUACAUGGUGGAAAAGAUCAGGAAGAGAGAUCGCGUUCCGUGGAAGCGUUUCGCGAAGGUCGGAAGGAUGUACUGGUGGCAACAGAUGUCGCAUCUAAGGGUCUCGACUUUGCUGAUGUGCAACACGUUAUAAACUACGACAUGCCCGACGAUGUGGAGAACUAUGUACAUAGAAUUGGAAGAACUGGUCGUUCCGGUCGGACUGGAAUAGCGACUACGUUCAUUAAUAAAGCAAACGAUGAAUCUGUGUUGCUCGAUCUGAAACAUUUACUUAUGGAAGCGAAACAAAAAGUUCCACCGUUUUUGUUGGAGCUUUGCUCGGAAAAUGAAAAGUAUCUCAACUUGGGAGACGAACGUGGAUGCAGCUAUUGCGGUGGCCUUGGUCACAGAAUCACAGAGUGCCCUAAACUGGAAGCCAUCCAAAAUAAACAAGCAUCUAAUAUCGGACGUCGCGAUUAUUUGGCCAGCAAUGCUGCCGACUAUUAAAUCAGACAUUUUCGAUAUCAUUCUUCCAGCGUAAUGUUGCAAGCCUUUUGUAUAUAAAUCUUAUGCAUAAAUUUUGUAAACUUAUAUCGAUGAGAGGAAGGAAUGUGUAAAUAGUAUCGUACAAUUUCUAUAAAAAACUGAUAAAUAAAUAAUACCGUGGUUUCACGGUUUCAAGAUA